UAAAAGCGCUCACAUUUUGCCGACACCGACGAAAAACAAUAAUAAAUCACUAAUUGCAUUACUCUUUAAACGUUUUAACGCAUAUUUUCAGCAAUUAUAAAUGACGGAAACGCAUCCAGCAGUAGCAAAGCGCGCGAAGCUGGAAAAGACCAAAUUGGAAGAUGAUGAUACGCCAUCGGUGUUUAAUCCUAAAUAUCGUGUAUGUCCAUAUUUGGACACCAUAAAUCGCAAUUUACUGGACUUCGAUUUUGAGAAACUUUGCUCCAUAUCGCUGACACGCAUCAAUGUUUAUGCCUGCCUGGUGUGUGGUAAGUAUUUCCAGGGACGUGGCACCAACACACACGCCUAUACGCAUUCCGUAGGCGAGGCGCAUCACGUGUUUCUCAACCUGAACACAUUGCGCUUCUACUGCCUGCCGGAUAACUAUGAGAUCAUAGAUUCUUCGCUUGAUGAUAUCAAGUAUGUACUCAAUCCUACAUUUCUGCGUAACGAAAUCAGUAAGUUGGAUCAAGUGCAGCCGAAGCAUUCACGCACAGUUGACGGCGUGCUCUAUUUGCCGGGCGUGGUGGGCCUGAACAACAUCAAGGCCAACGACUACUGCAAUGUAGUGCUGCAUGCGCUCUCACAUGUCAGUCCCCUGCGGGAUUUCUUUCUGCGCGAGCAGAGUUAUGCGAAAAUCAAGCGUCCACCCGGAGAUUCCAUGUUUACGUUAGUGCAACGCUUUGGCGAACUCAUGCGUAAGAUGUGGAAUCCACGCAACUUUAAGGCACAUGUUUCACCCCAUGAAAUGCUGCAAGCGGUUGUGCUGUGGUCCAGCAAACGUUUCCAAAUCACCGAACAAGGCGAUCCCAUAGAUUUUCUCAGCUGGUUCUUGAACACGCUGCAUCGAGCGCUUAAAGGCAACAAGCAACCCGACUCAUCUAUAUUGUAUAAGAUUUUCCUGGGCGAGAUGAGAAUCUUCACGCGCAAAAUACCGCCUGUGGAGCUAGAUGAUGCAGCCAAGCAGACAUUGCUGGCCACCGAGGAGUACAAACAUCAGGUGGAGGAUACAAAUUUUAUUUAUCUUACCUGCGAUUUGCCACCACCGCCGCUAUUUACGGAUGAGUUUCGUGAAAAUAUUAUACCUCAAGUAAAUCUCUAUCAGCUGCUAGCCAAAUUCAAUGGCAGCGCCGAGAAGGAGUAUAAAACCUACAAGGAUAAUUUCAUGAAGCGCUUUGAGAUUACGCGACUGCCACAGUUUAUUAUAUUGUACAUUAAGCGUUUUACCAAGAACACUUUCUUUCUGGAAAAGAAUCCCACCAUUGUUAAUUUUCCCAUAAAAAAUGUUGAUUUUGGUGAUAUAUUGGGCAUGCGUCAACGCGACAAAUCAGUGAAGGAUACCAAAUACAAUCUGGUAGCGAAUAUAGUGCAUGAUGGUGAUCCGAAGAAGGGCACCUAUCGUGCCCACAUUCUACAUAAAGCCAAUGGACAGUGGUAUGAAAUGCAGGAUCUACAUGUGACUGAGAUAUUACCUCAGAUGAUAACACUAACCGAGUCCUAUAUACAAAUUUAUGAACGCUGCCCUGAAAACUAGUCUAGAAAUUGUAAAUAAGAAUUUUUUUGGUAAAAAAUUGAAAACUACGCAUAGUGCUGCGUAUAUUUUGAAAAAUUGUGAAUCCAAUGCUAGAUACAAAUGCUCUCUUUCAAUUUCAUAGGAAAUUGUUUAUUACGUUUCACGAGAGCAAUGUAAA